UAUUAUCCUUGUCAUUGAAGUUAUCAUUUCUUAGGCCACACAUAUAAAUUGUGGCAAUUAUUUUCUCACUUAAUUUGUCACCUUAUAAUAUUUCUAAUUAAUUAAUUGCUUAUAAAUAUACUGAUUGGUUACUUUUUUUGGUCAGUAUAUGCGAGUGGCUGAUCAUUCAACAAAUUUGUUGAUGGCUUUGAAUUUGCGAUCAGCUCAAGUGAAGCCCUUAUUUUUCUCAGAUGCACUCAACUCAGUUAACACCUCCACAAACCUCCCAGGUAACUUUGCAUUGAAGAGAAAAGAGGGUAACACAAGAAUAAAGAGAAGAGUUUAUUGCUCAGCAAGUUCACUACAACCAGCUUGGCCAGGAACAGCUAUACCUGAGCCUAGUGAUUUUAAAACAUGGGAUGGACCAAAACCUAUCUCUGUUUUAGGCUCAACUGGUUCCAUUGGAACUCAGACCCUUAACAUAGUGGCUGAGUUUCCAGAAAGAUUUAGAGUUGUGGGGCUUGCAGCUGGUUCAAAUGUUACUCUUCUUGCUGAUCAGAUAAAGACAUUUAAGCCUCAAUUAGUUGCUCUUAGAGACGAGUCGCGAAUCGAUGAACUCAAAGAGGCUUUGGCUGAUUUAGAAUACAAACCUGAAAUCAUCCCUGGAGAACAAGGUGUCAUUGAGGUUGCUCGUCACCCUGAUGCAGCCACAGUAGUUACAGGAAUAGUUGGUUGUGCAGGACUAAAGCCAACGGUUGCGGCGAUUGAAGCAAGGAAAGACAUAGCAUUGGCAAACAAAGAGACAAUGAUUGCCGGAGGCGCUUUUGUUCUUCCUCUUGCUCACAAGAAUAACAUCAAAAUUCUUCCUGCUGAUUCUGAACAUUCUGCCAUUUUUCAGUGUAUCCAAGGGUUGCCAAAGGGUGCACUUAGGAAAAUCCAACUAACUGGCUCUGGGGGUGCUUUUAGAGAAUGGCCUGCUGAAAAGAUGAAAGACAUUAAAGUUGCUGAUGCAUUAAAGCAUCCAAUCUGGAGUUUGGGAAGAAAGAUAACUGUAGAUUCUGCUACCCUUUUCAAUAAGGGUUUAGAAGUAAUUGAAGCACAUUACUUGUUUGGAGCAGAAUAUGAUGAUAUUGAAAUUGUUAUUCAUCCACAAUCUAUCAUACAUUCAUUGGUUGAAACACAGGAUUCUUCUGUUAUUGCACAGCUGGGGUUACCUGAUAUGCGUUUGCCACUCCUUUACACUCUGUCUUGGCCAGAAAGAGUCUAUUGUUCUGAAAUAACUUGGCCUCGCCUUGAUCUCACCAAGUACGGUUCUCUAACAUUUCAAGCUCCGGACACUAAGAAGUUUCCAUCGGUGAAUCUUUGCUAUGCCGCUGGACGUGCCGGAGGCACCAUGACAGGAGUUAUUAGUGCUGCAAAUGAGAUAGCUGUAGAACUGUUUGUUGAAGAAAAGAUUAGCUAUCUAGAUAUUUUCAAGGUUGUGGAGCUAACAUGUCAGGAACAUCAAAAAGAAUUAGUAACAUCUCCUUCACUUGAAGAAAUUCUUCACUAUGAUCAGUGGGCAAGACAAUAUGCUGCUGGUUUGCAAAAAGCUUUAAGUUUUUGAAUAACAUGUAGCUGUGGUUAAUUGUUGCCAACCACUAGUAUAUUUUGUUAUGUAUUUGUUGCUGUUCAUAAAUUGUAUAAAAUGUAAAGGGUAACAAUAUAUAUGUAUUUAAAAGGGUAAUAAAAGCAUGCUAUCAUAUUUUGAGAUGAUUAUGUCAUCCAAUAUGUAGUGCUUUCACUCCAAGCCAUUUAUAAUUAAUGUUAUAAAUUUCUCUUGAUAAGAGUUGUACGAAA